CGCUUUUUGCGCAGAGGCUGUAAGCGAAUGCGUCCGUGACGUCCCUCGAGCGUCAGUGUUUGCGGAAGCGCUGAUUCAUUCCAUCGAUGGGCUUCAUUUCGGCGAGACGGCGCAGCUGUGUCCGUAACCGAAAAAUCUUAUCCUCCAAAUUUUACACUCCAAAAGACAGGAUGAACAAAAAAACUGAAUUAAGAGACCUUUGGAGGAAUUCUUUACAACUCUAAGAGUGACUUUUUAACUUGGAGCAGAAAUUAAGCUGUGUUCCUGUGGACCAAGAGACAGAUGUCUCUUUUCAGGACUCGUGUUUUCCUUCCUAUCCUUCCUAUCCUUUGUUACUGUUCUGUGGGCUUCACCUCAAACUAAAGUCCAGUCAUGGGCAUCUGUCCAUCCUUGUCCAAGAUCAUGCGGAAUGGGAAGUGUCUGUUUCUUCUGGUAUUGUGUCUUUGCUUUUUAGCAUGGAUUGCAACAUUCUUGAAUGAUGAUACAGUGAAGGCCAUCCAGGAGCAACAGAGUCCUUUUGAGGUGAAGAGUGGGGAGGAGUUUCCAAGGAUAGAUCUUGAAUCCGAGAUGAUGCGGAGCGUAGAGGAGCAUGUAGAGGAGCAGCCCUCCAAACAGAGCUGCCCGGAGCAUUCGCCCCUGCUUCGUGGCACACUCAAGCUGUCAUUUGGUCCCUCGCUGACAUUCGAACAGGUAGAGAAAGAAAAUGCUGAGGUCAUAGAUGGUCAGUAUAACCCCUCAGACUGCACGGCCAGACAGAGUGUGGCCAUCCUGAUUCCUCACAGGAACAGAGAGAAGCACCUGAUGUACCUUCUCUACCACCUGCACCCGUUCUUACAGAGGCAGCAGCUACACUACGCCAUCUACGUCAUUCACCAGGCUGGAGAAGCUACAUUUAACAGGGCAAAGUUAUUAAAUGUUGGUUACCUGGAAGCUCUUAAAGACCAAAGCUGGGAUUGUUUCAUCUUCCAUGAUGUUGAUCUAGUUCCAGAAAAUGAUAAAAACUUAUACAUGUGCGAGGAGCAGCCCAAGCACUUGGUAGUGGGCAGGAAUUCCACUGGAUAUAAGCUCAGAUAUAAAGGUUACUUUGGGGGAGUUUCUGCCAUGACGAAGGAACAGUUCCACAGGGUGAACGGCUUUCCUAACACCUACUGGGGCUGGGGUGGAGAGGACGAUGACCUGAGAAUAAGGGUGCAGCUGCAGAAAAUGACAAUAGUACGACCAUCCCUUGAGGUAGCACGCUACACCAUGAUCUUCCACAAGAGGGACAGCGGCAAUCAAGUCAAUAAGGAAAGGAUGCAUCUUUUACGGCGAACUCCUCGGACAUGGCAGAAGGAUGGUUUAAAUUCCUGUUCCUACAAGGCUCUGUCUGUCCAUAGAGCACCACUCUACAUCAACAUCACUGUGGACAUUGGGCAACCUGAGCACUCUCAUUGAGCCAUGUACCCAGUCUUUUGGGUAUUGACAUUGAACAGAGUUUGUAUUGAAACCAGUGCUGGGGGUCCUCGCUCUACUCCAGGUUGUACGAAGGAUCUGUUCUCCUACAACUCUAAUUUACAACUCUACUCUUUAAGGACAUAACUGGAUAAUAUCAGUCCAUAUCUGAUCAAACACACCACUUUUUAAAAGUAUUAAAAUAAUAAUAAAUAAAUAAUUGAAUGAGGUGGAUGAGAUGCUUUUCAUGAUGAAAUAAAAAUUCACUGAAGUUUGGAUAAUUUAAAGGUGCUAUAUGUAAGAUUGACAACAAGCGUUUGAAAUGGGUACUGCAGUCCAAAUUCAAAAUAUUGGAGAGUUGUCUGCCCCGCCCCAGACUUGAAGCUCGUGCGGGUUGCCAGAAUGAGGAUAUGCAAAUUAGCCAACUCAGCAUCCGUUUUAAAGGAUUUCUAGGCUUUAAGCUGUCUCCAUCUUCCAAAGGUGUCUCCAAUAUUUAUCCUUGUUUUACUACGCCUCUGGUCAUGGUGGUUUUUAGACGGAUGGUGAGGCUUUUUAGGUCGGGUGGAAUCUGUUAUCUCUGAUCCAGUUCGUUUGCUGGCUUCCAUGGCUGCAGCACGCAGUGUUAUUUGCCUGCAAACUUGUUCAAAUCUGGCAACCCGGCGGUGUCAAAAUACUAUUGGUGAGUGGGCAGUGGGCGGGAUCACACAGGACAAAACAUAAACAGAAAUUCCGGCCUGGAAUGGAAACUUCAAAGUAGAAUAUACUGGCAGUAGCAUUGUUAUCGGAGAAGCCAGUAUUUCAACUUAGCAUGUUUCCUAAUUCUCUAAUGACAUAUUAUGGUCAUUUUAUAAAUUAGUACAUAAAAAUAUUACAUAUAGCAACUUUAAUAUAGUUAAGUAAUUACUCUAAAGGCUUUUCAGGUCAUCAUGUUACUAGUAGCUAAAUGUCUUGAGAGAUUGGUAAAAAGUCAACAAAUGAACUCAACUUGACACGUCAAGGUCACAUUCAGUAAGUGAUAUUUUAUAGACUCAUAUAUUAAUAUAGGUAUAUACAUGCAGCUUGGGUUUAUUCAUGUUACACCAACAAGUGUUUUCUAUGAAGUCUGUGUUUAUCUAAAUAUUCUAAGGUGUUAAUUUAGCCAAUGAUUCAGUGUCUGGUUGAUAAGUAGUUAUUUUAGGUAUUUGAAUCCGAGGGAUAUGGUUUUAAUCAGAUGAGUUUCAUUUCAAUGAAAUGUACAAGUAGGUAGAAGGGUUAGUUAUUUCAGCUUUUCAGACAGAACGGCUGAUCGCUUAUAAAAUUGGGUGGCAUUACCUUACUGUAUGAUCAAAGAAAACGUGUUAAUUUCAAAUUAUAUGAAAAAACAUUUCAGUUUUAUAAAUGUAUAAACCCUGCAAUGUGAAGUGGCCCAAAAAGUACAGAGCUUGAAGAUGACGUUUUGAAAGUUUGGAGGUACUGAUGACAUUUUAUUUCAAGGCUCCAUUCAUUUAUAGAGUCAUUUAAUUAAAAUGUAUCAUUACAAACCCUACAAGUUAAAGCUAUUUGUUCUGUGCAUUGCAGAAUUUAUUACUGUCUGCACAGUGCAACUAUACUUUACACUUUCUAACUCAAAACCUCAAGCUUUCUGUUACUGUCCUGGUCAAGGAGACAUUCAGAGGUUGUGUGUACUGUUUUUGUUAUCUAUAAUACAAUACAAUAUAUGUCAUAUAAUUUUAGAUUUACAGCAUUAAUUCCAGAAGCUGAAUUGCAACACAAUAUAAAAUUUCCUGUGGGCCCUACAGCAUUUUCUCUAUUUACAAAAAUUAUAUUGUUGAUUGCUUUUGUCAAGUGCAACCAUUACUAAUGUUAUUGUAAGGAAAAUUAUCAAACAAAACAAUGUGAUUUAAUUUAUGGGAAAUGUACUCUUUCUGUGGAAAAUUCCAACCCAUUUAGUCCUGUGUUUGGGCUGUUAAAAUAAGGGUUUUACUGGUGUUAAUGGAAUAAAGAUUCAACAAAUAAUAUUUUUUGAACACUAAUAUGUUGUCCCAUGUAGAUAUGAAUGUAUUAUAUGAUUUAAGUAUAUUUACUACUCACAUUUUUAGCUGAGUUGAUCACUUGUAUAUCACUUUUAUUAAAAUUAAAUUAUAAGAAGGGAGUUUCUUAAAAUAA